CCUUAAUGUAAAACGGAUUCAUUCUUCGCAGUGCUAAGUUUAUGUUGUAUAUAUCAAAGAUGUGGUUUGGUUUUCUUGUUCUGUGCCUGUGCGCGAUGGAAAUAUCAAAUGAUGUUUAUGGUGGAAGGAUAAACCAUGUAUAUCUGAAAACAUUGAGCCAAGGUAAUAUCCGAAGUAGCAUUACAGCUCAAAUCUACAAUUAUUAUACAAAAUUGACAUCAUUUGGAUUGAUACCAACCUUAAAAGACAAUCGAACCAGUUUUUGGGUAAAGUCAUGUCGUGAUACAUGUAUCCUGUUGUCCGAUACAGAAACAUUACUGUCUAAUGUUUUCUAUGAAAUAUGUUUUGCACAGAUCAAUAGAAUGUUGAACAUAUGGCGAGGGAAUGCAGACGGUUCUACAAGCGAAAUGGGAAACUUGGUGAAAACUUCUCUUCUCGAUUGCACUGGAGGAUUUUCCAACAUUUGGGUUUUCUGGAAUGAUGGUCAGAUUUAUAUCGGAGUAGAUUCCGAAAUGGAUGAAGAAAACAGUUUAGUCCUGGCAACUGACAACCAGCCCUUUGACAUACGUGGAAUUGGAAUAAUAACAACAUUCAGUAUUGAUGGUAUAUGGAAAAUGAACAUUCAAGCACGUCCUACUGGAUAUUUCUGUGGUGUGUCCAACACUAGAGCACCAAUAACCUUUUUAAGUGUAUCAACCCAAAGGAUCAGAACAAAUUGUGCUUUAGAAUGUGACAGAAGUGAUGAUUGUCUUGGGUUCAAUUACCGUACAACGGGAACAGAGAACUGUGAGAUUAUUGACGGGGCACAACUUGUGGUAACAGAGUUUGCUAAUGAUUGGAAGUUCUACUCUAAAUGUUUGCAAGACAAGAACAUUUGUUUUUCAUGUCGUGUUAACUAAGUUGGAAAAGACAACUUGU